AAAUCAGGCUGUACACAAAUCGAACUUCUGAUCCAAUCCAAUGCCAUUCAAUGCUCGUCUGCGAUUGUUGAAAGUUUAAAUAAACUAAUCGGCGCACAAAAUAAUCUCACCAUGGGCAAUAAAUCGUCGCUUUUCCUGCGGAGCGAGGAGAUCGCUCAAAUUCAGGAGGAGACUGGCUUCACCCCCAACCAGAUUGAGCGACUUUACUCUCGCUUCACCUCGUUGGAUCGCAACGAUUGCGGAACCCUGUCCCGGGAAGAUCUGAUGCGAAUCCCGGAACUAGCAAUUAAUCCGCUGUGCGAGCGAAUAGUGCACUCCUUCUUUGCUGAGAGCAAUGACGAUCGGGUGAACUUCCGGCAGUUCAUGAACGUCCUGGCGCACUUUCGCCCGCUGAGGGAUAACAAGCAGAGCAAGCUCAACAGCCGAGAGGAGAAGCUAAAGUUCGCCUUCAAGAUGUACGAUCUGGAUGACGAUGGUGUGAUCAGCAGAGACGAGCUACUGUCUAUCCUACACAUGAUGGUAGGGGCGAACAUAAGCCAGGACCAGUUGGUCAGCAUUGCGGAGAGGACGAUCUUGGAGGCAGACCUGUGCUGCCAGGGUAAGAUCUCGUUCGAAGACUUCUGCAAAGCUCUGGACCGCACUGACGUGGACCAGAAGAUGUCUAUACGGUUUCUCAACUAAGCUGGAUUUAGGGAUCACGAGGAAAAACCAAGCUUCAUAGUCAGUGUGUACCAAAUAGUUUAUUAUGAAGAAAGUCGAGAGGCAUUCCGGCAGGUUUCUGAAACCUCUGAUGAUUUAAAAGCAGUGGUUGUUGUUCCAAUUAUGCCAGAAGUGGUUUUUAAGCAUUUAAGAGUUUCAAUUUAAUAAAAAGUGUUUCACAUUUUUUUAAACUUCUGAAAUUUUCAUGAAGCUUGUCUAAGGUAUUGCAUUCUAGUUAAACAAAAUAUUAGUAGUUUUGAAGUCAUUAUUUGUUUUGAUCCCAGGUGCUACUGAAACCUUGACAAAUAGAACCAAUUGUUUGUGUCUCAAUGUUUAAUUUGUCCGGAAAUCUAAUGAAAUAUUUAUGAUAAACAUAAAAAAAAUCUUUUGUUGUCUUAUUUUUUACUUUCCAAAUUAUUGUUAAAAAUCUUAUAGGUUUCAUGAACGCGCUGGAUAUAUUUGUAUUAGUAGUUGAAGAAAGAGAUGCAGAUUUAAUUUUGUUAAUAUGUACUUUGUUUUUAUAAUUACAAACUCAUUCCACUCAACGUAAAUUAUAACCUGCUUCAUCUUAUUCAUCUGCUUACGAAUAAAAGCAACGCGGAUUAACAUAA